GAACUCGAUAGCCCGAAGCCGAAGCCCUAUACCAAGCCAACGCCAAGCCCAGCGCCUGAGCGAAAGUAAUAUCAAAAUUAGCUAAGGAGAGAAACUGGAUGUGUUAUUGUAAAUAUCCAUCGAUCAAGGAGCAGAUGAUCUACUAAGUAAUCAUGCCACCAGGUAAAAAGGGAAGACCGCCGGGCUCUAAGAAUAAGACUACUUUUCAAAAUAAAUGCAAUUACUGUUCCGUUCAACUGAAGUGCAAGAGUGAUAUGUUGAAACAUUUACGUGUGUGCAGUCAGAAAUUUAAGGAUCUUGAUCCCAAAAAGGCCGUGUAUAACUGCACACAAUGCACCAAGAAGUUCAGGUUCGAGAACAGUUAUACCAAACAUCUAAAGAUGGAGCAUUCCAAGCUCCGAACUGCAGUGGACUGUAAGCAGUGCAACGUCCGCUGCCCAAACCCUCGAGCCCUUAAAGAGCACAUUGCAAAUGUGCAUGAGCGGGAGAUAUUUGAGUGUGAGCAUUGCAAGAAGCAGUUUGUCAGACGGGCCCAUGUUUUACGCCACAUUGCUCAAAAAGGCUGUGAUGGAUCAGGAGUUAAAAUGUUCCCUUGUGAAAUUUGCAACGCCUCAUUCACCCGCAAGGACAACUUGAUAGUUCACCUCCGACUGCAGCACAUCAACAAGAACAAUUACCAUUGCAAACACUGCAACUACCACACCAAGAACUUCUCCAAGCUGAUCAUUCACACCCAGAAGAGUCACUUAGAACCAAAAAACUAUUAUGAGUGUGAUCACUGUAGCAAAGUGACAAGCUCUAGGGCAGCUAUGGCCAAGCAUUUAGAAAUCCAUGGAGAAAAGAAAUAUGAAUGUGAUGUGUGUGGCUACGCAACUUACACGAUAGAGGUGAUCCGUCGUCACGUGCUCGUCCACGUGGAGGACAAGCCCUACAAGUGCGUGAUCUGCGGCCAGUCGUACAUCCAGCGCUCGCAGCUGCAGCGCCACCUGGUGAAGCACACCGGCAACAUGUGCGCCAAGUGCGGGGGCACCUUCAGCUCCAAAGCCAGCUUGAUAAUCCACCAGCGCGAGCACCUGGGACUGGAUAAGCUGCUGUGCCCAUAUGAAGAGUGUCCAUACUCCAAGAAGGAAUUCAGCAGCGAAGCGAGCCUCACCAAUCAUGUGAAGACUCAUUUAGAUGAGAAACCGUUCCAAUGCGCCGUGUGCAAGAAGCGCUUCCACAGCGAGAUCAACCACCGGCGGCACGUGCUGACGCACCAGCUGGACCGGCCGCGGCGCUGCAUGUACUGCGUGACGGCGCGCGCCUACGUGCGCGGCGAGCAGCUCGUCAAGCAUGUGCGCAAGUGCCACCCCGACCUGUUCCGCGCGCACCUGCAGCACGUGCGCCGCGUGCUGGGUACAAGCAACAAGAUAGACCGAGUGAAGAAAUCAGAAAUAGACUCGAUUCUGAACGUCCUGGACGCGGAGUCGGAGCGAAUCCUCCAGGGCUACGGCGAGGGCGUGCUGUACGGCGGUGUGCAGGACGUGGAGCCUGACGAGAUUGAGGUGCCGCUCAAGAUUGAAAAGACUGAGAAUCCGCUGAUGUCGGAGGAGGAGCUAGCCGAGAGCCUGAAGAAGUUGCUGACGCAGCUCAUCGACAUGGAGAAACUCGAGUGCUUCGGCUGGCCCGACGAGAGCGUCGACGUGGUCCUAGAAAAAGUGAUAGAGCAAUGCGGCGCGCGCGCCGCCGACCGCUCGCGCUGGACGCGCGUGCAGCGCCUGCGCGAGAACACCAAGCAACUGUUCCUCUACGUGAUCGAGGACGCCAACAUCGCGCGCAUGCUCGACACGCACACCAUCGACCAGAUCGUCAAGCACAUCCUCACGCAGGUCGCCGACACCGACGCCGCCGAAAUAUAGCUGAUAUAGCGAUAAAGCUUACAGCGCUCGGCGCGGAUAUCUAAUCGCGCUCUUGAACUGCCGAACUCUAAAUUAUUUUGAGAUUGUUCUCUUUGGCAGAAAAUUGUGCAAUGUGUAUUAGCACAGCAUAAGCGGAAUGGUUCGUAUCUAAAGACAGAUCUACCAAUAGAAAUAUUACGGCUAGUUCUUUCAGCGACCCGUCUAAAGUGUCCUGUUCUGGGGAAUGCUUUGGAGAAGGAAAUGGUACCUAGUGGUACCAAGUUCCGCAAAGCGAACGCCGAGCAAUUCUGCGACUUUUUACUGCGACGGUUUAUCGGGGAUGAUUAUAUCGCACGUGCGUAUGCUGGACACGCACUCGAGCAGAAUAAUCAGCACGUUAGCACAUGCUGAUGCAGGCCGGGCUUUAGACCUUAUAGCAAUAAGAAUAAAGUUGAAAAUAAAUAUCAUAGAAUAGCAUCAUCAUAUCAGAGUUGAGAUUCAUAUUAAUCAUUAUUUUAGGGCUAUAUGUGUAUACAAUCAUAUUACAAUCGACCAGAUAUUGUGUUAUAUUGUGUAGAAUGAAUAUUCAGGAAAAUACGCGCAUUUUGUUUUUUACACCUCUUCAUUAAUAUUGGCAAAUUGGUUAGUCGUGCUAUGAGGAGUGGCUUAAAAUCGGUUUCCUCUUAGCGUACCUAAUAAUGUCAGUUAUAAUAAUUGUGCCUUAAAAAGUGAUUUUAUUGCAUAUACAUGCCUACUAUAGACUGUUCUGUCUUAUUAAUUUAAUGAUGACACAUAUUGUUAUUUAUGUUAAGUUUUACAGUUAAAUAAAGGCUGUCUAUCCCAAUAAGUUGUGAACAUAAUGUAUUUUUGCAAUACGUUUGGUGUUUGUAAUCAAAACAAACAUCCUAGACUGUAAUCGAAGUGUUAAGUUUUGUUUUAAGGGUUUUGAAUAAUAAUUGAUUUACUGUUUAAACAUAAAUUGUCUCGAGAUUGAAUUUAAAUUGAACUUUAUAAGUUUAUAGUAAUGCAUGUUUAUGAAUUAUAAAUAUGUCCCAAUAUUAGGAAACAUGUAAGGUGUUGCAAGGUUAAUGAGAUAAAAGAACAAAUAAAAUAUAAUAUUAUAAGAACCUACAAAUUACUAUUACCAUGUUGUAUAAGUUAUGUUUAAGAUGAGAUAGUUAAGUUUAUAGUUUUAACGAGAAUCAAUUUAUUUUAAAUAAGAAUAAUCAUUGUUAUAAUAGAAUAUAAAAGAUUACAUUUUAUUAAAAGUUUGGAUAAAGCAAAAUAUUUUAUAAACCUUGUAGAACUAUUCCUCCACUCACUUUAGUAAGAUGUGGAUCCAUAUAAUAUGUGUUUAUUGCGAGCUAUAUUAUCAAUUUAAAAAAACCUUGUCUUCAUUUAUUUUUAAUAGAUAGGUAUAAAUAUAAAUCACCUAUAUCGUGCCUUUUAUCACUAUUCUUAAUA